UCAUCGUAAUUACAAACCCAAUUCAAUCUUUAUCGAUUCGGUUGGUUGAGCUUGAGAAAGAGAGAGAGAGAGGAUAAAUGGCGGAAGCUGUGAUCGCAUGCCACAGUGUUCAAGAAUGGACUCAGCAACUCGAGCAGGCCAAUCAAUCUAAGAAGCUCGUGGUGGUUGAUUUCACUGCUAGUUGGUGUGGACCAUGCCGCAUGAUGGCACCCAUUGUCAGUGAACUGGCUAAGAAGUUCACCGAUGUUCUCUUUCUCAAGGUUGACGUCGACGAGCUAAAGACUGUGGCCCAGGACUGGGCGAUAGAAGCCAUGCCGACCUUUGUGUUUGUGAAGGAAGGUACCAUCAUCGACAAGGUUGUUGGUGCUAACAAGGUGGAUUUGCCCAAGAAGAUUGAAAUGCACAAGUGAUUCUUCCUCCUUCCGAGCUCCAUGCUUAUCAGAUUGGAGCAGCGACGUGCGUGCUGUUAUUAGGAUAUUGGACUUUCUAUGCUCUUAUGCUUUGCUAAUAAGUGAUGUAGUUUAGGCUUUCAUGAGAUCCAACCAUUGAGCAGAUACUGUGUGGCUAAUGAAUGUGAACUUGUUGCGCCUUAUUUUGUUUGAUUUGUUCAUCAACUUUGUUCUGAAUGGUUUCUAUGGCCUUUGUGUAGAUUUUUAAUGCUCUUAAAGCUGUCGGAGAUGAAAAUA